AUGUCGUUCAUCAUAAACGGUUUAUCAAAACUGAUUGGAACAGCUUUACCAUGUUUUUAUUCUUAUAAAUUGCUGAAGAAACCAACUAACGAAAAACUGGUGAGUUUUUCCUAAUUCUUUACAGAGCUCUGAAAUUAAAUAUCAAUAAAAAUAACUUAAAGAAACAAGUUACACAAUAUUGGACUGUUUAUGGAGCUUAUUCGACAAUCGAUUGGAUAGCGAAAACAUUUUUCAUCGCAUGUCUCAUUCCAUUUUAUGAUGUUUUAUCGUUAAUGUUUGUACUAUAUAUCACGAUUCCCCAAACUGGCGGAUCAAAUUUUGUAUAUAAAAAGGUUGGAAGUUUUGAAUUCCUUUCAAUUUCUAUAAAAAUAUUGUGUUUUCAGAUUCUUGCUCCCUUCAUUCGUCAAAAAGAACGUGCCAUCGACAAAUGUUUGAAUACUGUUUAUCAAAAAAUCUGGGAUUUUGCCCCGUCUCUUUUAUCGAAUGCUGCCAAUUCAAUUUUUACAAUGCUUGGUUCAAUGACAACAACAACUUUCCAACAAUCGAUUGUACAAUCUGCAGAAGAAGUUCAAGAAGAUGAACUGAAUAUUUCCGUGGAUGAAAGUGUAAGUUCGGGUUUUUGAUAUUGUAAUAGAAUUUUUUCUACUUAAUCUCAUGUUAGUCCUAAUCCUCUAACUAUACUCUUUUCAGGAUAAUGUCGUCGAAGUUAAACUGGAGCCAAUUGACUACACAUAUGGAGAUGAUGAUGAAGUUAUUGUAAGUUUAUUUUGAAUUUUUAAAAUGAUAAUUUUCUUAAUCCCCAAAUUUUGAAACGUGAACUUUUGCGUGGAUUUAAUGAAAAAUGCAAUUUUCAUAAUUUCUGAAUAGUUUUCAAAAAUCACAAACAACAUUUCUACCAAAGUUUUAGUUUUCAAAUCUUAUUUUUCAGAUUGUCGAGAAGCGUGGCCGUGGAAAAUCACGUAGAACAUCCGCAAUUCCAAAUGUAACUUGUCGUCGUUCGUCUCGAGUUGCUUCCAAAUCACCUCCAAUUGAUUCGAAUUGA